UUCGGUGCGGUGUCGCGGUGAUUUUGAGGAGACAGAAUAGAGAGAGAGAGAGAGAGAGAGAGAGAGAGAGAGAGAGAGAGAGAGAGAAUGCGUGUGUGCAUGAAAGAGGGAGAGUGAGAGAGAAAAAGAAAGAAAGAGAGAGAGAGAGAGAGAGCGUAGUAUAGUGAGUAGGCCUUCUGUCUCGUACCAAUUCGCCGAAGGGUGCGAGAGUGUUUCGGUCGGCCCCUUGAAACAACAAUCACUCGCCGUCGUUCGUGCCACUUUAUAUACUUAGUCGUUUCUUUCUUAUUUGAAAAAAAGAAAGAGAAGUAAGAAAUAGGGUAAGUUGAUUGGCAAUACGCGCAAAAGUAUUCUUCAAAAGUUGAAUCUUCGCGCGAAAUUGCAAGAUAUCGUGCCUCGAGUGGGAGAGGAAGACGUAGCACCUUCGAAUGAUCGCCGCAUUUCGUAAGAAUCUCCUUCGAAGAAUUUCCAGGACCGUCCUCGAUAGAGGACGGAAGAUAAGUGUCGAUAUGUCGACGUUGAGCACCAGCUCUUAUAGAUCUGAAAUAAUUCUUUGCUUGGUGAUCUUCCUGGUCCCACAAUGCACGCAUUCUGCGCCAGUAUACGAGCAAGAUACCACACAAGUCGCAGAAUACGAUGGAGGUGCAACAGGCUGCUACUACAACUUUCAACAUUACCAGGAAGGUGACAGAAUCAUAACGAACGAGCCAUGUCUGAAUUGUACAUGUCAUAAUCGAAUGUUGAUGUGCUACUUGAGAGUUUGUCCUUUCUCGAAGGCUAUCGGACAGGACUGUACGGUCGAAAAAAGACCUGAUCAAUGUUGUCCCGUGAUCACUUGUCCGGAAGUACCAGUCCAAUUACUUACGUCGACUACCAAUACUCCAGCAACAUCCGACUCGACGGAAAUUGGCUUUCAUGAUAAUUAUGGAUGUAAAAUAAAUGAUCGGUUUUACCCUGACGGCGCCCAAUUACCGCUCGAUCCUCAGAAUCCUUGCGAGCUUUGCUACUGCAUCAAGAACAGAACCACUUGCGUGAUACAGGAGUGCACGCUACGCGUGGCAGGAUGCAAACCUGCCUACCAACCGGGUGUAUGUUGUCCGGUCAAGUACAACUGUGAAUACGACGAAGAACUUGAAACUACGGUUGGACCUAUAUCUGGCCUCAUCAUAACCACUACGAUUGCUCCCGGUACAGCACCACAUUGUUAUUACGAAGGUAAAUUUUAUGAAGACGGCGAGUUGAUUUACUCAACACAACCUUGUCAACACUGCUACUGCUUCCGUGGUGAUAUCGCUUGCGCCGUUCAAGACUGUGGAACGCCUAUGAAGACACAUGGAGAAAACUGCACUGCUCUACCACCGCCCGAAGGAGAAUGUUGUCCGACCACAUACCAAUGCGAGGACAAUGGUCAAAGUGGAAGUAUAACUAUACCAGAAGGGAUAGAGCAAACUUCCGAAAUUAGUCAAGUACAAACAAUGGUAACCAUUUCGAAGAAAGUCGAAGAACCGGAAAAACAAGAAUUUGCAAUUACAAGCGAACCAUUCUCUGGUGCUGAUAACGCAAUUUCACACGAUUAUGAAAUUAAAGCAGAACAAACUGAAAAAUCUAUUAAAGCUGUAGAAUCUACUGAAAAGUCUACGGAGACGACAGAAGAAAAAGAGGUUCCUGAAUCUGAAACUAUUUAUGGUUCAGAGGGAAUAAAUCUUCCCGAAGAACAUGACAUAAAACUGGCUCCUGUAAAUGUACCUAAUACGGAAAUUAAGCCAACCGACGAAGCUCAGAUGAUCCAGAAUCAAAACACACAAGCUCCUAUCCUGAUAAAAGAAACUGAAAAAACUAUUUCAAUCGAGCAAACUGAGACACCUAUUCCAACAGAAAGGAUCAUAAUACCUAUCUAUACAGAAAAAUCAGUAAUGCCUCUCGUUACAGAAAAUACCGAAAAGCCUAUUACUACAGAAAAAACAGAAGCAUAUGUUUUUGAAAAACAAACUGAAAUCCCUAUCACACUUGAAAAAUCUGAAGAUGCGUCCACUAAACUAUCUGAAAGUGUAGAAGAAGCAACUGAAAUUUCGAUAACCGAAAUUAUGCCACCAGUUUCUUCGUCUCUAGAAGGUUUAGAAACCAAAACUGAAACUGUAAAAAAAGAGCACAAGAUUGAACAGCCAGAAAGUACCGAAGAAAAUGUCACUUUAGAAGAACAUCAAACUGAAGCAGUAACAAUUGAAGGUGCAAUGAAAGCAGAGGAAUUAACUGAACACUUGAUUAGCGAACAAGAGCAUACUGAGAAUACAUAUGAAUUAGUACCAUCGGAAGAAACAACAAAUCCUCAAGGACCAAGUGAAGAAUCUGAAAACUCAACUGAAGUAACAGUUUCUGCUGAAGGAGUGUCAGAAAAAAUUAUAGAAACAAUUAGUCAAUAUGAAAAUACAACAACGAAACCAUUUGAAGACGAAAAACAAUCAAGCCUUGAUACGAAAGAAAGUGAAAUUCCGCAGGAAAUCGCAGAAAAAACUACUACGUUAAAACCAGAAAAAUCUUCAAUAGCAGAAAUAACUGAGUCUGGAAAACCUGUUGAAAUUAACGAAUCGGGAAAGGUUGAGUCCUUCGAAAUUACUACCGGUUUACUAGGAGUUCAAGAAACUGAACAACAAUAUCCACCUACAAAAACAAAUAUAGAGCAGAAAUCUGAAAGUUCAGAACUUGGAUUAGAGUUGAAAGAAAAACUCCCACCUCUUGCUCCUAAAAGAGAUGAUUUUGGCUCUCCUGGAAUAGAAAUUAAUCAACAGCCAUUUAUCAAAGAACCGAAUGGAACAGACAUAGACAAACAAAUUUUUGAAAAUACACCAGGAUACAAAACAGAAGAUAAAGAAUCAAUUCCGGAAAUACAUAUAAUCGAAAGUAAUGUUGAUAUUAAAAAACCAGAAAUGCAUGCUCCUGAAAGUCUUGUAACUGAAACUCCAGAGGAAGCCAUUACGUCUGAGACAGCUUCGAUUUCUAAAGGUAAAACAUCUACUAAAUAUGAAGAAAAUAAAAUAGAAACUGAAACAAAAGCAGAAAAACCUACUGAAGAAACGAUAUCAAAUCAAAAAGAAACAUCUACUACCGAGAUUACGCUUACUGCUUUGGAUACUAAAGCUACUCGUACUCCAGAAUAUCAUAUUUCUACGGAAGCACAUACUAUACAAGAGGAAUUUGAGCAUACUGAAAAAUCAAUAAUAUCUGAUGUCACAGACACAGUAGGUUCUCUAUUUCAAUUGACAGAAAAAAUAGUUACCGUUGAAGAAUUUCCAACAAAAGGUCUUACUUUAGUAGAAUCUGAAGAAACUUCGUCGGAAGAAGUGAGUUCUGAAAUAUCUGAUGACAGUAAAGAAGCAAUUCCAGAAAAAGAACGAUUUAACGAGGAAGAAGGUAAAGUCGAAGUGAAAUUACAAAAACCAUCUCCUGAAAAAACCUCAACUGAAAGUUCUAUUUCUAAAGAAGAAUUAACAAGUAUACCUACCAGUGAAAAAUCAGUUAAAGAAGGUGUACAUACAAUUAGUGAAACUUCACCUGUUAAAAAACAACCAGAAAUUCCACAAUCUGAGAUACAACCGACAGAAACUAACACACAAGAAAAACAAGUUAAUAUUAUAGAUACUGAACAGAAAGAAUCUACAGAAACGCCAAAAGUAAGUCGACCGAGUGAAACUGAACAGAAAGAAUUUAUGGAAACGUCAAAAAUUAAUAAACCAAAUGUAAUACAUGCUGUGAAUGAAAUCAGUGCACCAGAAGAAGCACAGAUCAUGAAAAUAACUGAACCAAUAGCUGUAAGUGAAGAAACAACUAUUGCUUCAGAAAUGAUGAGUAAGGAAAGUACAGCAAAACAAACGGAAGAACAUGUUCCUGAAACAACUAAAAUUAACAAAAAUAUUAUUCCAGAGGAAGUGUCAGAGCAGUCGGUUAUUCUAAAUAAUAAAUCAACAGAAAGCAUUGAAAUAGCGGAAACACAAACAUCGGUACCUAUUGUAAUCGAAGAAGAGCCUUCCAUAGAAGGAAAAUCAACAGAAAUACCUUUAUUAGUUGAAAUAGAGCAUACACCAACACUAAUUUCUGAAGAAAAAUCAAUUUCUGAAGAAGAAAAAAAAUAUGAAGUGAUAUCCACAAAAGAGGAACUUACAGAGAAAACACUAACCGAAAUACAAACGACCGAGAAAUCUAGGGCUAAAGAAGAAUCAAAGGAAGAAAAGGAGACUGAAUCUUCUGUUCCUGGUAAAUAUGCAUCAACAGAAACUUCAACUAUAGAAGUUAAAAAUACAGAGAUUUUUAGUGAGCCAUUUACCGAAAAGAUAAGCGAAGGCGAAGAACAGAAAUUUGAAGAAGAAAAAUCUACUGAGUUUGCUGUCGAAGAAGGGAAAGAACCCAUAGUCAGUCUUGAAAAAGAAGUGACAGAAAUAAUUACUGAGCAAAAACCAAGUAAAAUUUCAAUUCCUGAACAACCCGAAAUAUCUACUAUGAUCUCGGAAAGUGAGAAUGGUGUUUUUGAGGAUAAUAUUAGAGAACAAUUUACCGAACAAGCUGCAGUAAGUGAAUCAUUUUCUGAACAUUCUGAAUCGACUACUGAAUUUUCUAGAGAAACGAUAUCUCCUAUAACAAAAUCGAAAGUGCCAAUAGUUCUUUAUACCGAAGAAAAAAAGCAUCCAGAAACUGAAACUUUAAUGACAAAAGAAUCAUCUACUGAAAUUCCAAUACAGCAAGAAAAAUCUACCUCCAUAGAAUCAAUCUCUGAAGAACUAAUCCCUAAAGAACAAGAAGAAACCAUAGAUACUACUAAAAUAUCUGAUGAUGUUAAUGGAAGUACAUCGCAACCAGAGGAAUCAUAUAAAAAACCAACUGAGGCAGCAACCCCUGUUGAAUCAUUUAUGACAACAAAAGAACAAGAAAUUGAGGGACACACUAAAGGUAUUUUUGAAGAAAAAUUAAACAAAGAGGAGAAUCACAAAUUAACGAGUUCUAUUGGAACAUUGACGGAAAUACCAAUUAUAAAGGAAGCAACAGAAAUACCCGAAACAGAAGAUAAACUUCAAAAAACAACACCAGAAAUUGACGAAGAAAAAACAACCACGAAAUCUAUUGAGACACAUGAGGAACACUCAACGAUUGCACCUUUUAAAGAAGAAAUAUCUACAGUAAAACUAACACUAUUAACUGGAAUAUCUUCUGAAAGACCAAUUGAAUACUCAACUGAACAACAGCUUGCAGAUAUUACAGAAAUGAUAUUAACAAAUGAAAUAACUGAAUCAGCAGAAUCCAAACCUAUAUCUUCAGAUAUACCAGGUGAAGGUAAUUGUCUUGUUGAUGGACAAUCUUAUUAUAAUAACUCGGCUAUACCUCCAGCGAAUCCUUGUCAAUUAAGUUGUCAAUGUAUUAGCAGUAUCAUCCAAUGUGAACUUAUCCUAUGCCCACCACCUCCAACUCAUCUGUUUAACUGUAUGCCAGUACAUACAAGUGGAGCUUCAUGUUGUCCAAUAUACACAUGUGAUUCCACUCCUACAAUUGAAUUAGAAGCAGAAAACCAUAUGAUUGAACACCCCACUCCGAAAUAUGAAGAAAGUGAAAAGCCAGAGCAUAUAACCUCUAUUCCCAAAGUUACAGAAAUUACAUUAGCAUUUAGUGAUCAUACAGGUGAAGGAGAAAAUCAAGAGCAUGUAUUAUCUCAUCCACACACUUUAGAAACUGUAUCAGAACAUGGAAGUGAAAUAGUAAAAGAAGAAUCACUAGUAGAAGAACGAGUAACCAUUAGUUCAAUAGAAUCUAUUAAUGAAAAAUCCACAAUUGUUCAAGAACAUAAAAAAUCACAAGAAGUUUCAUCAAAAGAACCUUUCAUCAUAGAUACAAGCGAGCAAUCCACAAUAGAAUCUACAUUAUCGAUUGCUACACAAAAAACUGAAGAAAUUACCGAUCAAGAAAAAGAAGUUGUCAAAUUUUCAUCUUCUACUGAGGAAUCAAUCGUAGAACAAAUUACUGAAAAAGUAAUAUCAAGUUUUACUAUUGAGUAUGAACAUAGUACAGAAAUUUUUACAAAUACAUCAGCUCCUGUUGCUACAAAAACGGAAACUACUGUUUUAAUGGGAGAAUCCGAAAAAAUACCUGAAGGAGAUAUCGCGGAGGGGGUAUCAAAAGAAACGACUGAACAAGUAGAAACGAUGAGCGAAACGUCCAUACCUACUGUCUCUGAACUAUCUAAUGAAGUAACAGAAGGACAAUAUAAAAAAUCUGAAGCACCUGGAAGUGCUCAGAAAGUAAUUGUACCUACUGAAAGUGAUAUUACUCUUACCGAAAAAGAAAUAGCACAAAGUGCAGAAUUUGAAGGGCAAACAAAAAUAGAAAUAAAAACGACCGAAGAAAAAGAACAGCCUGACAAACUAAUUGAAGUAACAUCUGAACAGCCGACUGAACAUUACAUCAAUCAAGAAUUUACAGACAUUAAUAAAUUGGUAGCAACAAGUGAAGAAAGCCCUCAAGCACCUAAAGAAGCAAAACCUAUGCCAGUUGAACACAAGAUGGUGGAAAUUUCAAAUAUAAAUCCAUCAGAAUCCAAUGCAGAAAUUUCUACUGAGAUUGGCUUACUCAUUACAGAUGAUCAAACUGAUAUUUCUAAAACUGUUACUACCACUGAAAGUGAGUCUGUGUCUAGUUACGAAGAAAUAACUACACCUACUAUUGAGAACAGUCAAUCUACUAAAGUUCAAGAGAGUGAAAUUUUACAAGAAGAAAAAGAUAAAACGAUUGAACAAACUACAAAAUCUAUUCAAAAGUCUACGGAAACAUCAACACAACAAUCUAUGAAUCAAACAGACAUUCCUAUGGUAUUCAAAAAACAAUCAAUCGUACACAUAGAAGAAACACCGAUACCACUAAUAUCAAAGGAAACAGAAAGCAGUACUUCGACAAAGAUAGGAUUUACAGAACGUAUCGUUACUCUAAAAAGUGAAACUCCCUUAUCCUCUGUAGAAGAACAUACAGGAUCAACAAUAGAAAUUCAAACAUCAACAUUUGUUUCAGUCGAAGAACAUAAAGAAAAUGAAGAAAUACCCAAAACUGAACUAACACAGAAAGAAGAAAAACCGGUAGUUACAACUACGGAAAAGAAAAUCUCCGAACCUAUCGAAAUUCAAGUUACAGAACAUAAUAUAACUGCGGUAGAUUCUACUACACCUACCAUAGAAAAGCAUGUAACAAUGACAAUAGAAGAAGAGACUAUGAAAUUUGAAAAGAAAUCGACUAAGGAACCAGUCCAAGAGCACACGACUCUAUUGAUUUCUCCAAUACACGAAGAAAUAUUUGCAAUCGCAACACCAUAUAACGAGAAAACUUCUGAAAGUAUUCCAGUGGAAAAAGAACAAACAGAAGAAAAGACUCUUGGAAGUAUUGAAGGAGGAACAGUAGGUUCCAAUGCCAUUAUAGAAGAACAAACUAUUUCACCUGGCAUACCAAUAAUUCAUGCUGAAGAGGAGCAUCAACAACCUGAGGAAAUUAUUCAGAAGCCUUUCAAGGAAGAGGCAAUAACCUCUACAAGUAUUAUCGAAGUACAACCUUCUUUACCCAUAGACGAAAAAACUGAGCAGCAUCCAAGCAAAGAAGUUUCUCUUAAUGUUGAAAUUUCUCCUACAGUAAAAUCAGAAUCAAUAACAACUGAUGUCACGGAACGGGAUGAACAAAUUGAAGAACACAAACCAAAAGAGAAAGAACAAGUACAUAAAGGACAGCCAAUUGGAACUCCAGAGAUUAGUGAAGUGACUGAAACAUUAGUAAUUGUUAAAGAAAAACCAGUUGAAUCCUCUACAACAAAAGAAAAACCAAUUGAAUUUUCUACGUCGGAAGAGCAACUAAUCAAAUCUUCCAUAUCAGAAGAAAAACCAAUUGAAUUUCCAACAUCAGAAGAAAAAUCAAUUGAAUCCUCUACACCGAAAGAAAAGCAAAAUGAAAUUUAUACACCCAGUGAUUUUUCUAUGCCCAAAAAAGAACUAAUCGAAUCAUCUACAUUAGAAGGACAACCAUUUGAAUCAACAUCACAAAAAAAGCCAAUUGAAUCAUUAGCAUCGGAAGAAAAACCAAUCGAGCCAUUAAUACCAAUAAAAGAUCUAAUUGAAAUUGAACAGGAAACAGAAGCACCAAUCAAUAAAGAAGAAAUCUUGAAACCGUCUACAUAUGAAGAUGAAAUUGAAAAGACGUCAGAAAAAGCUCCAUUUGAAGAAACGCAAACCACUAUAAAAGAAAAUGUUUUUAAGAUACAUCUAAAAGUCAGUUCUACCGAAACGAUUCAGACAGAACCUGUUGAAGAGCAAAAAGGUGGUAUAACUGAAAAACAUUUUAUAACUCCAAUCGAAGAAGAAAUAUUGGAAAUACCAGAAAGCACAGAAAGUAUUUUAAUAAAAGGACAAAAACCAACAGAAGGAACCGCAGUAACAGAUUAUUCAAUAACCGAAGAAAAAGCAACAACAGUUUCAGCUAUUCAUGAAGAAGUUCAACCUACAGAAGCGCCAGUACCUAUCAAAGAAGAUCCUUCCAAAGGUGAAGUAGAAACUACAGAAGCAGUAGUAUCUAACGAGGUGACAAUUAAAGAACAAUCUAUAACAGAGCCUAUAACUGAAGAAUCAAUGACUACAUUAGAAGAAGCACAAAAGAAUAAGGAAGAAAUCACAAAGCCUACUCUUUCAAAAGAAAAACCUGUAUUACCUAGUCUUAGCUCGAUAACGGAAGAAGUUGAAGAGAAAAUAACAACAGGACCAAUUGUAGCAGAAGAACAAGAACCAGAAAUUUUGUCAGAAAAAGAACAGAAUACAACACAAUCGUCUACCGAAGGAUUCAUUACAAAGUUACGACCUAUACCGACUGAAGUAUCGAUCACUGAAACUUCUGAAAAAAUGUCGGAAAAAGAUCAUGAAGAAGGCCAAGAAGAAGUACAAUCACACGUCGGCGUUACUCAACUCGAAUCUUCUUCGCAAAUUCCACAGACAGAUAAAUCCGAAGGUCAACUAACUGUCGGAUUAGAUGAGGAACACUUACAGCCAAUCAAUCAUACCAUCGAAAAUUCUGAGCCAAUUUUGGAAGAGCAUCAUAUGACGAGCAGUGUAACACCCCAAACAGGCGUAGAAUAUCCUGAACAAACAGUGUCCGGCGAAGAUAAUCCUCAUUUUCCCAUGCACGGUGGUAGUUACCUUAAUCCCGAUGAAGAUUAUGACGAAGACGAUCAGGCGAUUUAUGGACCUGGCACUUGUAGAUACGGUGGAAAGGUUUACAUGUCUGCCCAACAAAUACCAAGAGACGACCCAUGUGAUUUUUGCUUCUGCUUUAGAAGCGACAUUAUCUGUCUUCAACAAAGUUGUCCACCACCGAUACCAGGAUGCCACGAGGAACCUAUUAGCGGUUUUUGUUGUCCUAGAUACGAGUGUCCUGUAUCGAUGGCUACGUCUCUUAACAUCACUACAACCACAACCACGACUACGACUACGUUACCCCCACACUUUUUAACGCAUGCCUACAAAGGCGCUGCAAAACGAAGCGGAUGUCAAAUUCGAGGCCAAGCAUACCAUGUAGGCGAAGUUAUUACAUCCGCGUCCGGUCCAUGCCUUCAUUGCACUUGCGGAGGUGACGGCAACAUGAAGUGCGAUCCACGAGUAUGUUCUCCAGAACCAAUGCUGAGGCAAAUGAUCGCCGCAGCUACAGCCAGAAGAAGGAGAUGAGUCGUUCACAAUGGUCCCCUGGAUCUAUCCCGACGAAGAAGCGAAUACAAGGGAGCCAUGAAGGAAGUGUUGUAUAAAAGUGAAUUAAAAUUAUUCUAAACUACCUAAACGUCGCAGAACACAGACAAUAAGGUGCUUCGACGUUCACGAACCGAGUGGCCAAAACGUAAACGUUUAUAUUAUAAUAUUAUAUUAUGUUAUAUAUAUAAAAAAAAAAACAAAAAAGGAAUGAAAGGAAGACAAGAGCAUAAGGGAUGAAGUCAAAAGAGACGUAUGGAGAAUUUUAAUUAACGUAAUGAGACGCGCGUUUCCAGUGCCAAAAACGUGGCGAAUGAAGAAUGAACUCGUAAGAAAGGAAGUUUCAACGAAAUAAGGGAAAAAAGGAAAAAAGGAUAAAAAAUUAAGAAAUACCACUUUCGUGUUGGUUCCAUGGUCAUAUCUCAUUCUAUGUCUUAUACCUCCAUUUCAAUAUCCAUUUCCUAUGAAAAUAUGACUUAGUCAAAGAAAAAAAGGAGAAAAAAAUCGUAAAACGAAAAUUAUUUAAAAAAGAAAGAAAAAAAAUGUUUGAAAUUUACGACUGUGCCUUCGUCAGUGUCGUCGAGAGUGGCAUUACUUUCGUUUAUAGUGGCAGCUGAGCAACAGCAACAUUGAAAAUCAUCAGCAUCAUUCUCCAAAGAAUCCUAACUGCAACAAUUGGCGGUAGGAUGCUAACGAUGAACAAGCUAAAACGAAAAGAACAAAUAUUAUAAAUUUGGAUAAACGAACAUUCGUACAGUAACAUUAUAACAUCGACUGGAAUCGUAGGAUAAAAUAUUUUGUUAUGCUCUCGAUUCGUUUGUAACUAAUGAAUUCGUUCAAAAGCAAAAUCGUGAUCACUUUAUACACAUAAUUGCACAGAACAUAAUGUUUCUCGUACGAUUCGUCCGCGUGUGAUUGAAAAAUCGAAAAUGAAAGGAUUUUUCAUUGCACGCGUCGCUCUUAUAAUACUAUUGUAAGAAGUUGAAACAUUAGCGAUUAAAGAUGGUUCGAACUAUUCACGAUAGAUGAGAUCUUUAUCGAGUUUCAGCUGCCGUGUGUCAUGUUUAUAUGAUCAGUCCAUAUAUACCCACAUAUAUGUGAGUAUGCAACGUCUACAGAUAUUUGAAUACGCUCGAAAUGGCACUUCCGAAAUAGUCACUAUAUCUUAUAAACAAAUAAACAAAAUAUUUCUUAUCUUAUAAAAAAAAAAGUAACGAAGAAAGCGAAGACUCGAAAGAACGAUGCCAUUUUCUUACGUAUCCUAGUGUGCGUGCAAGUAUUUGCGUGUGUGCGUGGUCAGCCGGUACAUAUACAUAUAUAUAUGCACAUACACACGUGUAUAUAUAUAUGUGUGUGUGUGAAUCUAUGUAUAUUAAAAAAGAAAAAAAUUGAAAAAAUGGUGAAUGAAAGAUAGACGAAAGGUACGCGCAAACUCAAAGCUUAAACAAACGGCUCGCGCGGAGGACCGAUUGAGAAUUUGCUUCUCCGGCGAGCUGGCAUUAUACAUUCAUAAGUGUGUAUAUAUAUAUAUAUAUAUAUAUAUAUAUAUAUAUAUAUAUACAUAUAUAUACAUAUAUAUAUAUAUAUAUAUAUAUAUAUAUAUAUAUACAUAUAUAUACGCACAUACAUAUACAUAUAUAUAUACACACAUAUAUAUAAUAAAAACAUAUAUAUACAUUUAUGAUUCUUUAUAUAUACUAUACCCCAUUUAAUACUUAACGAUAACACGAUGUUCUACAUCUUUGUACGAAAUUAUAAUUAAUACUCCUCUAUGACGAAAUGAUCUCCCAUUGUUCUCCAGUCUCAAAGUAUCAUGUUGUAACGAAGUUCAUUUCUUGCUUUCUCCUUAAGGUAAAGCCACGGUUAUCUCAUUCUGUCAUAAUAUUCCUCUGUUUUAUGAGGAAGAAUCAAGUCAAUUACAUAUUCAUCUUUGGCCAAUCCACGCUAUGAAUAAUCGAUGGCAUACGAAAAUGAUAGAGUCGUCAUGCUUUGAGACUUCAGAACGUUGGUUAUCGUUUAAUAUAAUAGAAAAAAAAACGCUAUAUCGUCGCAUAAAUACUGCGCAUACUGUCUGUAUUUAUAUUGAUAUUACUGAUAAUUAACCAACGACUAUAUGUCGGUGUCCCGUUUUACUGGCAUGGAAGUAGCUCAUAAUACCUGUACUCGUUUAUCAAUUAAGUUCGUCUCUUGAAAGGAAAUAAUGAAUCGAAAAAAAAAAACAAAAAAAAAACAAAAAAAUAGGAAUGGGAAAGCGUCUAGCGAACUUUUAUGUAAGCUUUUUUAUACAUGAACGGGUCUCUCUGUUUAAAUCAAACAAUGCAACGAACAUCGACGGCGUAUUCGUAGAGCUUCCAUAAUAGCUCAUACGUGAUAUAAAUGGCCAUAUUGAUUAUCGUCAUUAUUACAGGACAGGAAAAAGCUAUCGAUAGACGUUUAAAACGCUUUUAUUUUACGAAAAGUUUCUUUCACAUGAGACACACUUACGAAGUAAGAGAAACAAUUAUAAAACGUACCAAUAAUGAUUCCGUGAAGAAAAAGGAAAAGAAAGAAAGAAAGUUGCAACAACGUAACUCUUUGGAGCUAUCUAAAUCGUUCAUUUAUCUGUAUCUAGUAUAAUAAAAAUGCCCAAACAUUUUUCAAUAGAUAUAAUUUUAUUUUCGAUAUACACGACACCAAAAUCCAUUCUCCACAAACAUAAUUUCAAGUACGAUAUUAGCUGUUUGCAUAUAUCAAAAGAUUUAAUAAUCAAUUGAUAUAAAUUUGAAAUAUGCUUUGUCUUAUUUUAGGACUAGACAAUGUAUGAGGAAUUAUCACGCAUGUCGAGUAAAAAAUUCAAAUGCAUUGCCAUUUCUAUUGUAACUUGGCAUUCAUGAAAGCCAAGUAAAGUUUUUCCAAGCCAACUUUCUUAGCGAUUAAUCUAGCCUAGUAUUUAUCUUGAUAUUUUUCGCACUCAUAGCGAUAAUAUACUGAAAGUAUAAUGAAUAUCGAAUAUAUAAUAAGUUAAUAAUAAUGAUAAUAUACGCAUAAUUGUAACGUAAGGCAUACGAUUACGGCAAAUACUUAGAUUGUAUGCAUAAUUAAUUAUGCAGCUUUGUCGGCUGGUUAAAAAAUUUAACAAUUUGUUAUCGUAAAAAAUAACAUUCUUUCUUGUGACCCAGUCGACUUUAUAUAUCAAUUAAUAUACGAUAUACACAAAAAACAAUAACAAGAUAUUUAUGUACAGAAUGAUGACCAAUUUCUGUCUGUUUAUAUAACAUUAGAUAUUAUUUCAUUUUUUUCUAUUUGCAUACUGUAAAAAGAAUUUUUUAACAUUAUAGAGAAGUCUUAUAUUUUUCUGUAACGUUCAAUGUUAACUCCCAAUUAGAACAAUAUGCUUCAUUAUACUUUCACGUGAAUAAAGCAAAUUUAAGCAGACUAAAAAUGAUUGCUGUAAACACAGAAAAUAAACGCGAUAUUCAGUACGCUAGUAUACUCAACAGUCUAUAAAUUUCUCGAAAAUUGUUUAUAUUCGAUUAUGUGAUUGCUAAUGACAAUUGUCUCUUCCUUUACAGUAUAAUCUGCUAUCGUCCUACUGCAUAUCGUUAUAUGUAUGUGAUAAAUGAAGAAAACAAUCGAACCGUGAAUAUUUCAAAUGUUCCCGACUAUACGGAUAUGUUAGGCUAAUUUUCACAGUACGUGCUAGUGUAAAGUGUCCUUUUAUAUAAAUAAAUGAUUUUGUAUGUCAUA